UCGAGUCGUCUGUCGUAUCGCGGUACUUGCGCUCAUGCUGAUGGCGAUCAGCAACCUGAGCCCCGCCGUUGAGGCCUACGUCUACAUCAUUCCCAAUGCGAAAAGUGCAGACAAACCAGGGCAUUGCUUCGAUGAUCAGCUCAAGAUCACGGUUCCGGUGAACAAAAUCCGGCAGCGCACGGGACGCUGUGAGUCGAUGAGCUGCGGCAGUGACUACUCGCUGCAGGUCGCCGGAUGUGGUGUCGUUGCUGCCGGGCCGGGUUUCGUCAUCACCCCCACCGACUACUCGAAACCGUAUCCCGAGUGCUGCCCGCAGAUGGUGAUGAGCGCCGAAAAUCUUGUCUAACCAGUUGCGGUUUUUUAUGAUAAGAAUUCUAUGCUGUGUCUGACGGAUGUCGAUUACCGGGUAUGCUACAGCAUGGGCGAAUUCGGUGGUACGAGAGC